AUGUACCAUAUGGAGUACGAGGGUCAGCCACUUGUUUCACUGGGACUUAUCAUUGGAUUGGAUUAUAAGGAUCCGUAUAUCAAUCUCUAUCAGGUACAGAUCCCCUUUUUUCAUAUUCUGCAAGAGUCAGAUGCACUCAAAGUUAAUUUGAGUGAUUGUAAUUUGCCAGCAGCAACCACUCUGGGAUCUCCAUCACCAAUUUUUCGUGAAAAUAAACUAGCAGACUUGGUUUAA